ACAUACAAAUAGUUUUUAUACAAAUAGUUUAAAAUGAGCGAAGAGGUUAUAUUCCAAGAACACACAUAUGAGAUAGCAAAACAAUCGGAUGUAGGAUUUGGAAUUGCCAUCAGUGGUGGGCGUGAUAAUCCAGCAGUGACAACUGGUGAUCCAGCAAUCAUUAUUUCUGAUGUUGUGAAACAUGGACCUGCCUUCAAUAGACUACAGAUUAAUGACACAGUGACACGAGUAAAUGAUCAAAUUUGUUAUGGAUGGGCACACCAGCAAGCUGUCAGAGAAUUGAAAAAUUCUGGAAAAAAAGUCAAAAUUACCGUCAAAAGGAAAGCUAUUGUGCGUGUUGAGUCUCGCGACACACCAUCACCUGGUCCUUUACAUCGUAGCAGAAGCAGAAAUCUGGACAAUAUAUCAUAUGGACGCCACAGAUCGAGAAGUCGAGAUAGAUCACCUCGACGACGUCAUCGAUCACAUAGCCGUGAUUUAGACAGUUCAUCACGAAAUAGAAGGAGAUCAAGGGGGAGAGGUACAAGUCGAAGCAGGAGUCGUGGAAGAAGUUACAGUCGUUCACGUUCAAGGUCAAGCCGUCACAGUAGGAACUACAGAUCGCCUUCCAGCUCUAGUCGCAGUCGUUCUCGCACACCACCAAGAAGAAGAUCGCAAUCGAGGGGAAGGUCGCGAUCAAAGUCUCCCCCUAGGUCGAGGCACAGGAGCGAUAGUAGAGAACGAUCGAGAAGUCUCACACCUAGUUCUAGAAGUGCUUCUCCUAUUCCAAUGAAGCAUAAAUCUGUUGGCGAUUUGCGUUCCAUGUCUCCACUUUCCCCUGAUCCACCAAACACAGUUCACGGUGACGAUAUGAUGGUAUUCCCAGUCAAACCUAGCGAAAAUAGAGCGGUUGUGUUGAAGAAAACAAGAUGGAACAAUUCGUACGGAUUAAAGUUGGGAACUCGUAUUUAUAUUCAAGAUAUACAACCUGGCAGCCUCGCUGAUAAAAACCCCGAAUUAAAAGCUGGAGAUACUAUUAUGAUGAUCAAUGGAAGAAACGUUGACAACAAAACAGUCAAUGAAGCUAUACAAAUUAUCGGAUUAUCAAAAGACAAACUAACAAUGCUAGUCAAAAAAGAAGAAGGUGGUACCGUAUCAAUUCCAGCUGCUCGUCUUGCUUCUCCCACCACAGAGAAAAGACCUACCAAACCUCCACCAGAUGAUAAAUCAAGCUCUCGUCAUUCAUCUCCGUCUCGUAGCUCAGUACAUUCAGAAAGAUCUAGGAAAUCUGGGAGAUCCAUUGAUAAACAUGCGGACACUCCUCAACGUGAACCAAAAGCAGAGAAAAAACCUGAUAAAAAGACAGUUGGCGGAGUUCUUGUAAUGCCAGCUGGUCUCGCUGAGGCCGCGGCAGCUAAACCAAGGAAAGAUCGUAGAUCAGUGUCGUCUCAUUCCAGUAAAUCAAGCUCCCGUCAUAGUGGCACUCCAGAACCAGCACCCAGAGUGAAAGCUGUGCAACCUGUGUACGAUAUACCACCUGGAUCUGAUGACGAAGAACUUAAUAUUUUACCGGCCAAUGCACACACUGUCAAAUUUGUGAAAGGACGAAAUGUUGGAAUUCGACUCGCUGGUGGAAACGAUGUUGGCAUAUUUGUAGCUUCUGUGCAAGAAGGCAGUCCAGCGGCACAACAAGGAUUAAAAAUGGGAGACCAAAUAUUAAGCGUAAAUGAUCAAAACUUCCGAAAUAUUAUUCGUGAAGAAGCAGUCUUAGCAUUGAUGGGAUUACCAGAUGGACAAGAAGUCUCCAUUGUAGCACAACCUAAACCUGAUGUUUAUCAAAAGAUUCUUGAGCACGGCACUGGUGAUUCAUUCUACAUUAGAACCCAUUUCAAGUACGAACGAGCUAACGAGCAUGAAAUGAGUUUUAAACAAGGAUCUGUAUUCCGAAUUUCCGAUACUUUGUAUCAAGGAAUGGUCGGAUAUUGGCUUGCAGUUCGUAUUGGCCGCAGUAACAUGGAAAUUGAGAGAGGUGUCAUACCUAAUGGAAGCAGAGCCCAACAACUCAAGGAAGUCCAGGAUAAGAAGAUUCAGCAAUCUAAAGACAAGGCAUCUCAGAGAGGUGGAAUUAAAAGAAGAUUGAAAGGAAAUCAAGGAAAAGGAAAGAAUGAUAAACAACAACCUUCUAAUUCUCCGCAUUUCCCUGCGUAUGAGAGAGUGGUCCUCAGAGAAGCGGGAUUCAAACGACCAGUUGUUGUUUUUGGACCUUUGGCUGAUAUUGCUAGACAACGGUUGGCAUCGGAUUAUCCCCCCAGCUACGACAUAGCAAACAAUGAUGGAACUGUCAGUGGACAAAAAUCAAACAGAAAAGGAAUUAUUCGUCUCAACACGAUUAAAGACAUCAUUGAAAAGGAUAAACACGCAAUUCUGGAUAUCACUCCUACUGCAGUUGAAAAGUUGAAUUACGCACAACUUUAUCCGAUCGUUGUUUUCUUGAAACCAACAAGCAAAGCUGCUGUUAAAGAGCUUCGUAGUAAACUAGCAGUCACAGAAGAAGAGAAACGAAAGAAACCGGGAAAAUUAUAUGACAGAGCUAUCAAAAUGCAAAAGGGAUACAGCCAUGUUGCGACAGAUAGCAUUCCGCUCGGAACGGUAUCAGAUGAUUGGUACCGAAAAUUGCAUUCCACUAUCAAGGACCAACAAAAUAUGCCUGUAUGGGUGUCUGAGGACAAGCUUGGUGCUACUGCUGAAGAAGACACAGAAGGAGUUCUUGUUCCAGGUGAUGACGACAGAUUGUCUUAUGUAUCUGCUCCAGCUAGUGAUUACAGUGUCACCACUGUCGGAUCAGAAAUGUUGCAUUCAACUGCCGAAUAUGAUGAUAUGGAUGAGCCCAGUGACAGAGUUGGAAAAACGAGUCCGCCAGUUGGAGCAGCACUUAUGCCUCCUGGAAGACGUCGGAAGUCUUCUUCUUCAUCUUCGAGCUCUGAAGAUGAAGCAGGAAAUAAAUUUGAUGAUGAUGAUUUGGAUGAUGCAUUAAAAGAUGAUAUGGAUGAUGGACCUCCUGCAACAAAGCCACUCCCUCCUGAUACUCACGGAGGUUCCCACUCUCCUUUACCUGAAGCACCACCAAGAGGACGGAAACACACUAAUCAGAAGGAGGAUGAUGCUUCCAGCACCAGCUCUGAAGAACGUAGACCAGUUGGUGGUCUUGCUACACCAUUAGCAACAAUGAAGACCAGAGAACAACCUCCAUCACACACUCAAUCUCGUCCUGUCGGUCCCCAAUCAAUGCCUCAAGGAAGAUUCGAUCCCGAUUCAUUUUUGAAGAGCCACAUAAAACGACUUAAUAAAGUGAGAACUGAUGAUGCUCCGAAACCAGCACCUGUGUCGCAAAGACCUCCAGAACCUGUCGCACAACCACCGAGAGUAACGGAACCGCCAUUAGCGGCAGUGGCAGCAGCUUAUAACAGAUCUGCACCACCACCGAAAGAAACGUCACCUGUUGAACCUAAAAGCAGUAAUUAUCCAACAUCACAACCAUACUCAAGCAACAGGCCUGAGCCAACCCCUGCUCCAGGAGAACCAGUUUAUGCUCAAGUUAACAAAAACAGAAGUCAGGCGCGUGAUUCAGCAGGUGGUGAUCGUGACUAUUCUGGUGAAAUAGACAGCUUCAUACAAACUGAUCCAUACAGAGGUGGCAUUCCACAAAGAAAAGAUCCACCUAUGAGUGAUACUGGCCCACGCCAACCAUACAAUAGAUUUGCUGGAGGCAAUAAGCCAACUCAACCUCAGAAAAAUCAGUUUUCUUCUUAUGGUGGAAACAAACCAACUGGUUACCAUGGACCAUCGUCCAAUGUACCACCACCAACCUCAUCCAUUGAACGUCCACAGAAAUCACAAUUUGUUCAAGACAAAUAUAAAAACUAUGUCAGCCAAAUUAGACAAUCUGACAACAAGCCAAGUGGUUACGAUGCCUACAAUCCGCGUCCAUACAACAAAUCCACGGAAAACAGACCGGGACCACCAUCGGGUUAUAAAAACGGACCAACAAAAGAUCAAAUGUACGACAGUGGUGUCGAUACCUACGAUAAACCAAAGUUUAGUCAACCAGAACGUGCUCCCGUUGGGCCGCCGCCAAAUGAAAACAACGAAGAUCCCCAAGUAGUUGCUACCGCUCGUGGUAUGUUCGACAGCGAUGGAGGUGUUCUCAGCUCUGUGGAAACAGGAGUCUCUAUCAUGAUUCCUAAAGGUGCUAUUCCAGCUGGUGUGAAGCAAGAAAUUUAUUUCAAAGUCUGCAAGGACAACACAGUACUACCACCACUGGAUAAAGAUAAAGGCGAAACUCUCCUGUCACCACUUGUGAUGUGCGGACCACACGGACUUCAGUUCAACCAUCCAGUGGAGCUUCGUUUACCACAUUGUGCGUCAUUGACACCUGACGGCUGGUCUUUUUCGCUCAAAUCUUCUGAUUCUAGUACCCCAGGUGAACCAUCUCAGUGGCAGAAUAUGAACAUGCCAUCUGAUAGCAACUAUCAAGUCAGUAGCAACAGUGUAUCUGUGCUUAUCGACCACUUCUGAGAAGAUCGGAACACAUCACCUAUAUUCAAUCAUUUGCAUGUCACUCUUUGGUAUUAUCGGCAGGCAGAAAAAAGACAUCGCAGGACCAAAUUUGUAUUAUGUUGGAGAUAUUCCAAAGCCUGAACUAAUACCAGCGAUGGCAAACUCCACAAUGCUUGGUUUUUAUAUUAAGAAUGUAUAAAAUUGUGAAACUCUUUAAUCAAAUGAUAACAUGUAUUUUUUGAUUGUAAUUAUUCUUAUCACUUUAAUUUAAGUGUGUAUUUUUUGAUUCUUUUUCCUCUGAUAUUUUUGUAAUUUUUCAACCUUGUUUCUGACAUGUUUGGAAUCGGUGCUCAUAUUUUUUUGCGUUUGGCCAUUUUAUGAGAUAGAUAGAAUGUCAACUAAUACUAGUGUUUCAAUGAAAAGCUGAACAUAUAAACCAGUUAAAACCGGUGCAAACUACACCUGAUAGAUUUUUAUGUUAGGAUAACAUCAAUCUUUUCUGAUAAAUGUAUUUUUGUGUUCAAUUCACCAGAAUGUUGUAUGAUACCACCUUUGACUGACAUACCUCUUGAAAGUAUAAAAUUCACAAAAAAGUAACCGUCAAUGCAAUUCGCUUUAUUUAAAGUGUUAAUCUUUAUGCUUGAACUCUUUAUGCUUUAUGCUUAACUAAUUAAUAUUUAGAAUGUUAAUUGAAUAUGGAAAAGGUUCUUUUCAUUUUUAAAUUUAAAGUAGUUAAUUUAAAUAACAACUCUGGCAUAUGUUUCUAUAAUUAACAAUAACAAUGGAUUUGAAGAAUUGUAGCUUAGUUUUAUACUUUAGUUUUUCCUAAAUAUCAUGAUUUUUUCUGAUUUAUAGUGAUUGUUUUUGGGUAAUUAGAAGACGGUGCAGAUUGUCCAGCCUUUUCUGCUUUUCAAGUUGUACCAAAGGAGAAAAUAAGGAAAUAUUCUAUCAUUCCGUCCUGUUUUCUAGUGUUCAAAAUCAUUAUUUAAGAAAUUCUGUAAUCAUUUUAUGAUGAAGUUAAAGUUUAUAAUUGGUUAAUAUCAGUUGACAACAUUACAUUUGCACGAAUGACGUCCGCACAUCUCUUUUGGCUUGCGUAUAAUUGAACAACAGUGAUGGAACACUUGUCUUUUGCAUUUUUUACGGGGACCAACUAUUCGAUUCAGUGGACAUCCUGUAUCUAUAUGCUAAUUUUGCAGUUUUCAUUUUGUCAAUUAUCACUAUCACUCAAUGGUACUUUCAAAGCUAAUUAAUAUUCAACAAAUGCACCAAGAUAUGUAUGUAUAAAUCGUAUAUUUGCUUUCUUGUAGCACAAGUUAUCAGGUUUUUAUGCCUGUAACUACAACCUAUUAUAAAAUGAAAUUGUGAUAAACUUGUAUUGUAAAUAACACGAACAUUAUACUCCAUAUCAUGUG